GGGUGCAGUGACGCUGUGACCAAAACACACACUCACUCAGAGAGAGGAGGAGGAGGAGGGGAAACAAGGGUAGAGAGAGAAACAGGAACAGAAAGUGAAGACUUGUCAAGAUGUCUGGGUGAAGGGGACCAGAUCAGAGAAGAAGCCAGAUGCCAAAACAGAAACAGCAGAAGUUUGAGCAGAUGACUGGAUUAGACAGGAGGGGCGAGCUGACCUGCCACUCCACAUGUGCCUCCGGGGUAAGACACACCCAAAUUGAACUACGUCUCAACAAAAUCAUACUGAAAGCCAAAGGGCAAGAGGACAAAAGAAGCGUGAAGUAGACAACCAGAAUGAAAACAGUUGAAGCAAUGCCAAGCAGCAUAAACAAACUUGGCUGAAGUGCAGAUUUGGGCUUUUUCAUCUUGCAUCAAGAUCAUCAUAACUGGGCCAUUUCAAAGAAAACCUUGUAAUAAACAAAUGAACUUUUGGUCUUUUGGAUUUGAUCAAAGAACGCUUUGGCUUUGUAUCAACCUCACAGUGCAUUUCAAGGAAGGAGGCAUGCAUGAAGUCACCCUCCAUGCUUGCAGUGUUUCCAUUUAAUGUAAACAACACAAGCCUGAGCGCGCACGCCUCAUCAGAUAGUGCCGUAAACUCUGUUCUCCAGAAGUAGAAAACAGAAGCACAUGUCAAGUCACUAAAAAUAGCUUUGAGGUUUUCGUAAAGAGUAGCACUUCAUAACUUACAACUUCAAAGCUUGAACCAGAUUCCGCAAAAGGACUCACAUUAACACCAUAUCUUAAUUAGCUGGGUGUCUGCCGCUGCCUAAGAGGCACAUUCACUGACUUGCAAACUUCACAACCCUCUAAAGGAUUUAUUACAACUUUACAACUGCCAGACAGACUCAAUUGAAAGGAUUCACAGCUCCGUAUCUGAAAGCCAUGGACGGAAGAGCAGACAGCAUCCAGGAUUUUUUUAACCAACUUUGGAAUUUCGCUACAGCAAAACACAACCAGGGGGUGUACAACACAGUCUGCCUGGUUGUCCUCCUAAUUCUUCCCCUGCUGGUCCUCCUCACCACUUUGGUGGUGUGCUGCCACUGCUGCUGCUGUCGCCAUGCCAACAGCUGCUGUGGCAAAGACGCAACUGCAAGGUCAGAAACAAAGAAAAAAAAGAAUUCCACUGAAGACCUUUGGAUCUCUGUCAAGACGGGGCCGUUGACACCUGAGAGAGUCACCCUGGCCAUGGAGUAGGAAAUUCAUUUUAUUUUUUUAUUUUUAUUUUAAUAUUUCUGAUCAUGGGUCAGUUGGUGCAGGGGAGCUGACGGAGCAUCUCAAGAGUGUUCAACUCAAACCAGCAUGGAUUCAAAAGACAACCCACAUUUGAUGCCUAGACUGCAUAAGUGAAGCCAAAACAUCUUGAUCGUCCCCUUGAUCGUGGCUGGCUGCAGUAUGGACGGGACUUCGAUACGGCGGCUCCACCAACGGAUCACUAGCACAGAGUCUGGCUCCAAUAUAACA